AAUCAAAUAUUAAGGACCUAAACAAAGUUUACACAAAACUAUCAAGGACCACUUGUAUAAUUUACUGGGUACAUACUUUACCGCACAAAGUCUCACUCUCUUCUACUCAGUUUGAGCUUCGAUAACUCCUCGACGAUUCUUUUUUGCAGGUUUAAGCAUCAGUUUACCGCGGAAGCUGACAACUGAGAUUCUGUUAACGCCGCAACAUGUCAGCUGGACUUGGGCUUGAGUCUCUUGUUGAUCAAACCAUCUCAGUUAUCACAAAUGAUGGACGGAAUAUUGUGGGAGUUUUGAGAGGAUUCGACCAGGCUACAAACUUGAUUCUUGAUGAAUCUCAUGAAAGAGUGUAUUCAACAAAGGAAGGUGUACAGCAACUCGUGUUAGGUCUUUAUAUCAUAAGGGGGGACAAUAUAAGCGUCGUUGGGGAAUUAGAUGAAGAUCUGGAUAAUAACUUGGAUAUGUCAAAACUGAGAGCACAUCCUCUAAAGCCAGUCGUUCACUGACCCACCCGCAACUUGGUGUGAGGUUGUAAUUCUGAGAACUGAUGGAUGGAUCAAACAUUAGUUUAGUUGAAAGACUUCGGUACAACUAUCAAAUGAAAACUUCAGACAUGUUCUGUAGCUGAGAACACAAACUGUUUUGGUUCGUUAGUCGUUAUUAUAUUUUGUCUUGUAUAAGUUUCCUGUUUUGAUGUUUGCGGAAGAUUUUGAACCUGAGUGGAUGAAGUAUGAACAUCACUUUACAUGAACUUUUGUACAACUAUCAAAUUAGAACUGUUCUGUGGCUAAGAACACAGCAGUUUUACUUCUUUAUGCAUCAUUAAUGCUACAGUAUCACGUAGCUCUUCUGGUCA